AUUCAAAGGAAUAAAUAGUUCCGGCGCGGGUGUUUGAUGGUCCUAGUACCGGUGUGAGGAUGGUAGACGUCGGGACGCUGGUGGUGGGAUUGGUGGGGUUCGCCUGAUAGCGCCCACGCCCAGGUCAGGGGCCUCACCGGCCGCCUUGCGACCCGGAGGAGCUCUGCGGGAGGCCAGGUAGCGCGGAGCAGACCUGGCUUGUGGCGUUAUCUAAACGAGGCUUACCAGCCCAAGACAGUAUUUUAAAAUGCAUAUUAAAUCAAUCAUUCUCGAGGGAUUCAAGUCCUACGCACAGAGGACUGAAGUCAAUGGUUUUGACCCCCUCUUCAAUGCUAUCACUGGUUUAAAUGGUAGUGGCAAAUCUAACAUCCUGGACUCCAUCUGCUUUCUGCUGGGCAUCUCCAACCUGUCUCAGGUGCGGGCUUCUAAUUUACAAGAUUUAGUUUACAAAAAUGGGCAGGCUGGAAUUACCAAAGCCUCAGUUUCAAUCACUUUUGAUAAUUCUGACAAGAAACAAAGUCCUUUAGGAUUUGAAGCACAUGAUGAAAUCACAGUAACAAGACAGGUGGUUAUUGGUGGCAGAAAUAAGUAUUUGAUCAAUGGCGUCAACGCUAACAACACCAGAGUCCAGGAUCUCUUUUGUUCUAUUGGCCUGAAUGUUAACAACCCUCACUUUCUCAUCAUGCAGGGCCGAAUUACAAAAGUGUUAAAUAUGAAACCUCCAGAGAUUUUAUCCAUGAUAGAAGAAGCAGCUGGAACCAGAAUGUAUGAGUACAAAAAAAUAGCCGCCCAGAAAACGAUAGAGAAAAAGGAAGCCAAGCUGAAAGAAAUUAAGACGAUACUUGAAGAAGAGAUUACUCCAACCAUUCAAAAAUUAAAAGAGGAAAGAUCCUCUUAUUUGGAGUACCAAAAAGUAAUGCGAGAAAUAGAACACCUGAGCCGUUUAUAUAUUGCUUAUCAGUUCCUGCUGGCUGAAGAUACAAAAGAACGCUCAGCUGAAGAGUUAAAAGAAAUGCAGGAUAAAAUAUUAAAACUUCAAGAAGAAUUGUCAGAGAAUGAUAAAAAAAUAAAGGCACUUAAUCGUGAAAUAGAAGAGUUGGAAAAAAGAAGAGAUAAGGAAAUAGGAGGAGUCCUUCGGUCUUUAGAAGAUGCUCUUGCAGAGGCUCAGCGAGUUAACACUAAAUCUCAAAGUGCAUUUGAUCUCAAGAAGAAAAAUCUAGCAAGUGAGGAAAGCAAACGCAAAGAGCUAGAAAAAAACAUGGUUGAGGAUGCUAAGACAUUAGCAGCAAAGGAAAAGGAAGUUAAAAAGAUAACAGAUGGGCUGCAUGGCCUUCAAGAAGCAAGUAGGAAAGAUGCUGAAGCCCUGGCCGCGGCACAGCAGCACUUCAAUGCCGUCUCCGCUGGCCUGUCCAGCAGUGAGGACGGAGCAGAAGCAACUCUCGCUGGUCAAAUGAUAGCCUGUAAAAACGAUAUAAGUAAGGCCCAGACAGAGGCCAAGCAGGCUCAAAUGAAGUUGAAACAUGCCCAACAAGAAUUAAAGACUAAGCAAGCAGAAGUUAAGAAGAUGGACAGUGGUUACAAGAAAGAUCAAGAAGCUUUAGAAGCUGUAAAAAGAGCUCAAGAAAAACUUGAAACUGAAAUGAAGAAGCUAAAUUAUGAAGAAAAUAAAGAGGAAAGAGUUCUGGAAAAGCACAGGGAGCUGUCUUGCAAUAUCAGUAGACUGAAGGAAACAUACGAAGCACUCCUAGCCAGAUUUCCCAAUCUUCGAUUUGCAUACAAGGAUCCAGAGAGGAACUGGAAUAGAGAUUGUGUGAAAGGACUUGUGGCUUCUCUGAUUAGUGUGAAAGAUAAUUCUGCAGCCACAGCUUUAGAAUUAGUGGCUGGGGAACGACUGUACAAUGUUGUGGUAGACACAGAGGUUACUGGUAAAAAGCUACUAGAAAAGGGGGAAUUGAAGCGUCGUUACACAAUAAUUCCUCUCAAUAAAAUUUCAGCCAGAUGUAUUGCUCCAGAAACUCUGAGAAUCGCUCAGAAUCUUGUUGGUCCUAACAACGUCCAUGUUGCUCUUUCUUUGGUUGAAUACAAACCGGAACUUCAGAAAGCAAUGGAAUUUGUCUUUGGAACAACAUUUGUUUGUAACAAUAUGGAUAAUGCUAAAAAAGUAGCCUUUGACAAGAGGAUAAUGACUAGAACUGUAACUCUAGAGGGUGAAGUGUUUGAUCCUCAUGGGACAUUGAGUGGAGGUUCUCGAUCCCAAGCAGCUUCUAUUUUAACCAAGUUUCAAGAACUCAAAGAUGUUCAGGAUGAGCUGAAGAUGAAGGAGGAUGAGCUCCAGGCUCUAGAAAAGGAAUUAGCAGGUCUUAAAAACAUUGCUGAGAAGUAUCGCCAACUGAAACAGCAGUGGGAGAUGAAAAUGGAGGAGGCAGAUUUGCUACAAACCAAACUCCAGCAGAGCUCCUAUCACAAGCAGCAAGAAGAGUUAGAUGCCCUUAAAAAAACUAUUGAGGAAAGUGAGGAGACCUUAAAAAACACCAAAGACAUCCAGAAAAAAGCCGAAGAAAAGUAUGAAACAUUGGAGAGAAAGAUGAAAAAUGCAGAAGCUGAAAGAGAGAAAGAGCUGAAGGAUGCUCAGGCAAAACUGGAUUGCACCAGAACAAAAGCAGAUGCAUCGAGCAAGAAAAUGAAAGAAAAACAACAGGAAGUUGAAGCCAUCACUCUAGAGCUAGAUGAGCUCAAAAGAGAGCAUGCAUCCAAUAAGCAGCAGCUUGAAGCUAUCCAUGAAGCUAUCAAAUCCUAUGAAGGGCAGAUUGAACUCAUGGCAGCCGAGGUAGCCAAAAAUAAGCAAUCAGUAAAUAAGGCUCAAGAAGAGCUGACAAAGCAGAAAGAAAUAAUAACAGCUCAAGACAGUGUCAUUAAGAUAAAUGUGCAGACGUGGCCAAACACAAGGAGCAGAACAAUGAUUCAGCUUAAAAUUAAGGAAUUAGACCACAACAUCAGCAAACACAAACGAGAAGCCGAAGAUGCUGCUGCAAAGGUAUCCAAAAUGUUGAAAGACUAUGACUGGAUUAAUGCAGAGAAACACCUGUUUGGACAACCAAAUAGUGCCUAUGACUUCAAAACUAACAACCCCAAGGAAGCUGGUCAGAGACUUCAAAAGUUGCAAGAAGUGAAGGAGAAACUAGGAAGGAACGUCAACAUGAGAGCUAUGAACGUGCUGACGGAAGCUGAAGAGCGGUAUAAUGACUUGAUGAAGAAGAAGAGGAUUGUAGAAAAUGACAAAUCCAAAAUUCUUGCAACCAUAGAAGACCUUGACCAAAAGAAAAACCAAGCCCUAAAUAUUGCUUGGCAAAAGGUGAACAAAGACUUUGGGUCCAUUUUUUCUACCCUCUUACCUGGUGCCAAUGCUAUGCUUGCACCACCAGAAGGGCAGACAGUUUUGGAUGGUCUAGAGUUCAAGGUUGCCUUAGGAAACACCUGGAAAGAAAACCUAACUGAGCUUAGUGGUGGACAGAGGUCUCUAGUUGCCUUGUCAUUAAUAUUGUCCAUGCUCCUCUUCAAACCUGCUCCCAUUUAUAUAUUGGACGAGGUUGAUGCAGCCUUGGAUCUUUCUCAUACCCAGAAUAUUGGACAGAUGCUGCGUACCCACUUUACACACUCUCAGUUCAUUGUUGUGUCCCUCAAAGAAGGCAUGUUCAACAAUGCAAAUGUUCUUUUCAAAACCAAGUUUGUGGAUGGUGUUUCUACAGUAGCCAGAUUUACUCAGAGUCAAAACGGAAGAAUUCCAAAGGAAGCCAAGUCCAAGGCAAAGGGACCCAAGUGAGCACUGGCUGCAUGUUCAGAGACACGUCUUUACCUGGACCUGCUUUUUUAGACACGGCUUCAAGAACUUGUGAUCUGCUUUGUUUGUAUAAUUUCAUUAAUGUCAUUUCUUACAUUUUCUCUUUAUCAGUUGUAAAUGAGCAGAUUCCUUUCUUACCUAGUGUGACUAUGGUUCAAUUAUUGUGGUUGUGAUUAUAUGUGUUAUCAUCAGUUUUUUAUGCAAAUCUUUUGUAUAUUAGAGAUCCUGAGAUGCCAAACUGGUAAUCCUGUACACAAAACAAAACUACAAAGACAUAGAUGAUAUCAUCGGAUAAAUAGCUUGCAGUCAGCUUUAAUUAGUUUACUUUCUAAGGCAUUAUUAAUAUAUUUUCUUUCACUGAUAAAAUCA